AUGGCGAGCUUCUAUGAUCUGCCAAAGGAGGUGGUAGAGGAAAUCAUGUCGCGGGUGCCUGCAAUUUCUGUACUCCGAUUCAAGUGCGUCAACAAAUAUUGGCACGCACUUAUAAGUGCUUUGAUCAAUGAUCAAAUAUUUGUUUCUAAACACCUCGACUACGCGAAAAACAACUGUCAUGCAUCCUUAAUCUUUAGUGAUGAGUGCCCGCACCUGGACCACCGCUGGAUAGACUGCGACGAAAGCUGCAAACUCUUAUUGAUCACUAUGGUCAAUGAUAGUGAAAUUGAUAAUAUUCGUGUCGCCCUUGAAUUUCUCAAGUUACCACUUAUUCAGAAUGAAACUGGCUACAUGUGGCAGGGUAUUUUGGACAUUCGUCAAUGUGAUGGCAUCAUUCUUCUUGUCAAAGACAAACAAACCUUAGUGUUGUGCAAUCCAAUAUUACAUGAAUUCAAAAUUCUUCCGGCAUCAAAGUAUGACCCCAUUGAUAGUUUCGUCGAGCUGGCUAGUCCUUUCGGAGUCGGAUUUGGAUAUGAUCAUAGAGCUAAUGUUUACAAGACUAUUAGGGUUUUCUAUGAUCACGAUAACACCACCGAAAGAGCUGAGCGCCUAAACGUCGGACCAUUACGAGGCAUCGCGUUCCUAUUAUCAUUAUGGAGCAGUACUGAUGAGCUUCUCAUGGUAGGUAAAGAUGGAAGGCUGGUCUCCUACAACCUUGGAACUCAAAAGCUUAGAGAUGUCACCGCUCAUGGUGGUGAAAUAAUAAGGCGUGCUCAUUUUGUCUUGCCUUUUCUCUAUGUUAAGAGUUUGGUUUCUGUUAGAGACAGAUAA